AUUGCUUGGCUUCUACAAAGGAAUAUUUCCUCCCAUCUUGGCUGAGACACCCAAAAGGGCAGUGAAGUUUUUCACCUUUGAACAAUACAAGAAGCUACUAGGAUAUGCAUCAUUACCACCAGGACUGGCAUUUGCCGUUGCUGGCUUGGGAUCUGGGUUGACAGAGGCAGUUGUGGUUAACCCUUUUGAAGUAGUAAAGGUUACCUUACAGACAAAUCAGAAUGCCUUCACAGAGCAACCAUCUAGCUUUGUUCAAGCUCGGCAGAUAAUUAAAACUGGUGGUCUGGGCUUCCAAGGACUCAACAAAGGUCUUACUGCAACCCUGGGCCGUCACGGAGUCUUUAACAUGGUUUACUUUGGAUUCUACUUCAAUGUGAAAAACAUUCUUCCAGUUAAUAAA